CUUCACUCUGCAGAGCAAAAGCGUCUCUUCCGUUCGCUUAGUCAUCGCCUGCAAAGCGAGCUACGCCCCUUAGCAUCAUAAGGAAAGAGUACAAGUUUUGUUUCUUAGCCCUUUUAUUGAAAUUUGCUUCGUCGAGUCAUUCUGGAUUGGGGAUUUUUUAUAUAGAAAUCGACGCAAUGCUUUUCAGGAGGCAAAAACUCUGGAAUAUCAUCAAAAGGACGGGUUCUUGGCAUUAUUUUUGGAUGAAAUCCCAAACCUUGCAAAACCCAUGUGCUUCGAAUCCCCGAUCACAGAACCCAUUUGGGGUUUUCGGGGGCAAGAAAGAGAAGCUGGUUAAUCGGGUUAAAAUCUGUGAUUAUCUUAAGAGCUUGGGGAUAAUUCCUAAUGAAUUAGAGAGUUUGGAGUUGCCUUCUACUAUUGAGGUUAUGAGUGAGCGUGUGGAGUUUUUGCAGAAAUUGGGCUUUUGACCAUUGAUGAUAUUAAUGAGUAUCCAUCGAAUGCUAGGUUGCAGUGUGCGUAAAAACAUUAUACCAGUGUUAGAAAAUUGGAAUUGCUAGGUCGAAUUUAGGUGAGUUUGUGAAGAACUACCCACAAGUUUUGCAUGCAAGUGUCAUUGUUGAGGUUGCUCCUGUUGUUUAGUUUCUUCGUGGACUUGAUGUGGAGAAGCAGGAUAUUGGAUAUGUUUUACAGAAGUAUCCUGAGCUUUUAGGGUUUAAGCUUGAAGGAACAAUGAGUACUUCAGUUGCUCAUUUAGUGAGCAUUGGUGUGAAUCCAAGAGAUAUUGUUCCUAUGGUGACACAGUAUCCCUAUUUCUUGGGGAUGAGAGUUGGGACUAUGAUUAAGCCACUUGUUGAUUAUUUGGUUUCUCUGGGACUACGGAAGAAGAUCUUGGCUAGGAUGUUGGCGAAGCGGGCCUAUAUACUUGGCUAUAAUCUUCAAGAAACUGUUAAACCUAAUAUUGAUUGUUUGAUUAGCUUUGGAAUAAGGACGGAAUUCCUUGCCUCAGCUAUAGCUCAGUUUCCACAAAUUCUUGUGUUACCUUCGAAAGCUAAGUUAUCUUCCCAACAGUAUUUCUUUAAUUUGAAGCUCAAGAUUGAUCUAGAAGGGUUUGCUCGUGUGAUUGAGAAGAUGCCACAGAUUGUUAGCCUUAAUCAACAUGUUAUUUUGAAGCCAGUGGAGUUUCUUUUGGAGUGGGGAAUGUCUUCUGAGGAUGUUGCCAAGAUGGUUGUGAAAUGUCCACAGUUGGUUGCAUUGCGAGUUGAGUGCAUGAAGAACAGCUAUUACUUUUUCAAGAGCGAGAUGAGAAGGCCAUUGAAAGAGCUUGUGGAGUUCCCAGAAUAUUUUACAUAUAGCUUGGAACCAAGGAUCAAACCGACGUACCAGAAAUUACAAAGGAAGGGAAUUAGGAGCUCGUUGAGUUGGUUCCUCAACUGUAGUGAUCAAAGAUUUGAAGAGAGAUUGCAGGGUAAUUAUAUUGAAUCAGAAAGUUUAGGUCCAUCAUUCUGUAUGGUGGGAAGCUUGAGCUACCAGGGAACGAGAUUGAGUCAGAUGAGGAGGAAGACGAGAGUGAUGAGGAAGUACUUUACAGACGUACUGUUUCUUUGUAAUAAUGUCUUUGUUUUGGUACACAACUGAAUCAUAUUCAAUUAAAAGUGUUAUUUAUCUCAUCCAUGUUUGUCUUUAUUUACCCGUUUACCAUGUUGGAUUCUCUGUUCUUAACACACAUUAUACCCGUGCAGAUGGUCACAUGUAUUUAUUGAUUUGUAAAUACAGGUCAACUUGUCUUCAUGAGAGUGAUGUGUAAUUCUUCUGCUAUUGAUUCAUUGUUAUGGUAACCUGUUGGCAUUUGAAACUGAUGAAAUGAAAUAAUUAGAGACAU